AUGCCCGGAUAUGACCCAGUUCGCGACGCCGGCGGCUCAGACCGAUCCUCUUCACCUCCAAACUACCACUCUGAUCACGGCUCUCGGCCGUCCCCGUCCUCAUCAACUUUCGCACAUCGCGCCUCAGCUUUCCACGAAGACCCAUCAUCUCCCAGACGAAGUGUUUCUGACCACAGUCUCAGAAGGCGCAGUGACGCCGACCCUAUCCACGGUCGUCAAAGCAUGAACGACGGCGUCGCCGAUACAUCUAUCGUUUCGCCUCGUUCAUCUACCACUACCUUUCCACAACAUUCACGCGACUACAUACGCUAUGGCGAUCAAGAACUUGCAGCAGCGCAUCGAUACGAGCACAGUCCUCGCAAUUCAUUGCAUUCCGAGACAUCUGUGCGGCCGGCGCGACGUAGCGCAUCGAUUGCCGACCUGAUCGCGGCCAGUGAAAUGUCGGAAGCAGAGCACGACAACCAUCGUGAAGCGCAUCGCGACUCUGCCCGCUACUAUGAGGAACAGAUCGCAGAUCGCAGUAUGAGCAGAUCGAGCAGUGCUUCUGGUGGCUUUCAGGGUGCUUUGCCGCACAGUUCGUCUCAUCCGCGGAUCCCACAAUCGCUUCCUUAUCAGUUUGGUCGAUCCGAACGCAGUCCGAGUAUGGCGCAUUUACUCAAUGAUGGUACAGCAGGUGCUAUCUCCGACCGACCAAGGUCCAGCUCGCAUUCAUCCAUCUCUUCGCAUGUUUCGCACCAACCACCGCAACAGUAUCCUACCCAAAUGUCUCCGCUCGGCCAUCCUCCGGCUUAUGCAGCCUCUCUUUCAGCGUCACAUGUUCGCGAUCGCUCUUCGACCAGCAAUCCCGCCGUCGCUGGGAGCUCUAGCCUGAAUCGAGGCAACUCUCCCACAUACGCCGUUGGGCCCCAGCAACCAAGUCUGUCCACACUGAAUCGAGGUGGAUCCAGUCCUGGUCUCGGCCCGGCGCAUGUACCGCAGCCUACCGAAAGGGCUCGCUACGCCACGCAGUCAGUCUCUGCUAGCUACGGUCCUCCGUCUCGCUCGGCAUCCGCCUCAUAUGCACAUCCGAGCGCCUCGUCGAGCCCAGCGUCGCAUCCACCCAUUCACUUGCAGCCGUCACCGUCACACCGUUUCGCUGUACCCGAGGUGCCCUUCACUCGAUCGCCUGAGCAUAAACGUGUGCCCUUGCCGCCAUCCCCCUCAUCAAUGCACAGUGUCCAUCCAAGGUUGUCAAUGUCUCACGUUUCAGCGUCGUCCUGGAAUGGUGACGAAUACGAUGUACCUUCACAAGCAGGCAUGCCACCACCACAGGUCCAAGCUUCGCCUCGCAGAGGCAGUCUGGCCGGCCUAGCUCAUCAGGGACAGCGCUAUGUGCAAGCCGCUCCUGGUCACAGCAUCCCCCCGACCCCAGGCAGCCUGGCAUCUCACAGCGGCUAUCCUGUCACUCCGGGUGCUCGAUCUGUGCCGUCACACACGCCCGGCACAGUCCACGGUCAUACAGGAGGCGACGGAUACGAGGAGAGCAAUUACUUUCCGCGCAUGGAUGACCAUGCUUUAAGGGGCUUUGACCGACUGCGAGAAAGGUCAAGCAGCCUGACAAGCCCGACUCUACGCCAGUAUGAGCAAUUGCGCCGUGGUAGUGUAGAGUAUGAUUCUAACAUUGAUCAUCCUUUUGGCCAGGGCGACGUUCGCAACCCCAUCCGUACGCCCGGAUCAGCCAUAGCGGAGGAAUCGAUUCUUUCAAAUAUGCAUGCGCCUUCGGCUCUACCGCCGACUGCGGUGUCUCCCUCUUUCGGUCCGCAGCUAUACAAUUCGGAGCUAGGCGAAGAUAAGAAUUCUGUCGCUCUGAAUGGACGUAGAAUCAGUAACGAAGGUGCCUAUGAUGUCGAAGCCAGUCAUGCUCACCAAACGGAAGAACGAUACUCCUCCUCGUACGACUCACGGGAGGAUACGUAUCAUGGAUCGCGGCGCCCCCAUUCUGUUGAUCCAGGCAGGCGUUACUCUGUUAGCCACGACGCAAACGAUGUCAGUCCAGCGAUAUCGUCCCCCCUGCGGCGAGGCGGCACUGGUAGCUCUGGUCCGACCCCCGAUGGGACGUCGGCACAGCAGCAGGACCAGAAGAGGCCACGACGUACGUCGGCCACCUCGAACACAUCCAACCAGCAUGCGAAGACGACCGAGACUUCAAAUGCACCCCAAACCGAGAUCGUGACUGAAGCGACCCAAGUCGACAGCAACGACGACCAAGAGACUGCUGACGCAGUUGCUCCGCUUCCCCGCUACGCGCCGACAAAUCGAGUGUCGAGGCCUGGACAGGUAAUGCGUCCCAUCGGGAUGGAAGAGAUCAACCGCAAGCGUGCGGAGUGCCGUAAUCCGCUACGCCGCGAAUGGGAACAGCUGCACCAAUCAGAUAGCCGAGAAGCACUGGACGAGAUCUUGCGCGACUUCCACACCAGACUCGCUUCGCAAAAAGACGCUAUAGCAAGCUCCAACGGCCAUGAAGAACCGUGUUUAGAUGCGAAGAAGCGCCCCCUAGGAGACUCGCUCGAAGAUGCUGAAGAGGUGGCGGAUCACUAUAACAAGCGACGAGAAGUGGGGAUCCACGGCCGAGAAGAGUCGCCCAUCAUCCCGCUGCGCAAGUUCAACAACUGGAUCAAGUCUGUGCUCGUGGGCUUGUUUGCGCGCGGACGCGACCCAUCGUUGGAUGGACGAAUGCGAGCGCGCGGGGGACGAAUCUUGGAUCUCGGUUGCGGCAAGGGAGGCGAUCUGAAGAAAUGGGAAAAAGUGCGCCCUAGCGGUCUGGUGGGCGCCGACAUUGCGGCCGUUUCGAUUGAACAGGCAAUCGCACGACAUCGCGACAACAACAAUGGAUAUCCGGGCGACUUUUUCGCAUUCGACUGCUUUUCGAUGGCACUGAGCCAAGUGAUACCACGUGCGCUGCUGGAGCCCAUGUUCGACAACGUGACGCUGCAAUUUUGUAUGCAUUAUGCGUGGGAGAGCGCAGAGAAGGCGAGGAUGAUGCUGGACAACGUAGCGCGCUACCUGCGCAAAGGAGGUGUGUUCAUCGGCACGAUCCCUGACAGCCGCGAGCUUCGCGAUAGAAUGGCUGCAAGGGCCAAUCCAGGAGACCGCUCGUUCGGCAAUCGAUACUACAAGGUCGUCUUUGACCAAAUUGAGCGGUGGCCCAAGUUUGGCAACCGAUACACAUUUUUCCUGGAGGACGCGGUGGAAAACGUGCCCGAAUACGUGGUCGAUUUCGACGUGUUCGAAGAUCUGGCACACGAGUUUGGACUGCGGUGUAUUUAUCGGAAGAACUUUUCCAAGAUCUAUUACGAGGAAUCGCGGCACAGCGAGCACGGCAAGCUGCUCGAAAAGAUGAGGGUGGUGGAUAGACACGGCACUUUGAGUCUCGACGAAGAGAUGUGGCAAGCCGCUACACUUUAUUUGGGAUUCGCAUUUGAAAAGAUGUGA